GUAUAUCCAACAUUCGGGUAACCUGACUAUCUACGAAUAAAGACUCGCAUUGUGGUGAGUGAGAACUACUAGAGUGUAUUUCGCAGCGAAAGUCCCAGUAAUAAAGUUUGAAAAAAGGGUGGAGGCCAAAUCUGUAGAAACGACUUUCGCGUUACUAGAAAUCUUUCUUGGCCUGGAUUAUGUUUUACGUCAGAAAUGUGAAAUAUCAGUUAAAAUCGUUUAUUCGCUUCCAAUAAGCACAAGGGACACACGGAGAGCGCGUAUCAAGUGCGUGAGGGAAAAGAUAAUAUCAUAUAAAGACAAGAACUAAAAAAGUUAAUGAAAUUCAGUGUUGAUUCCUAACUAAAAACAAGAGGAUUAUUGUUUUAUAUAAAUUAAUUUGUAAGAAGUGAAACCACUGCCGUCAAAAAUAUUUAUGCGCCUGAAAAACUAAUACUUUUGACUCUACAGAAAUUACUUAAGAACUUUUACUGACCAAACUCCCUUCGGGAAGACCUCACACAAGCUACUGACUUUGGAUAGCCUUCUAGCUUCUCGGACAAGCAAAUAUCACCCUUCAGCACACUGGUACCAAUAUCAAAUAGCCUCCCACCCACCCCAAACCUCCCCCCCCCCCCCCCCCGCCCCACAUGGCCCUCAAACAUAACCCGGAGAAAGAUUCCAAAACCUUGGGCAUCAUGACACUUCUACCGAAGCAACGCAUCAACGUGAACACCAGCAGCGUCCCCUCCUGCAAGAAAAUCCUCGUCAUUUUCCUGGCCACCUCGCUCUUUAUCGGCGCCUUCUACGCCUUCAAGCACUACAACGCGAAGGGGCACCAUCAUAGAGCGAAGCACCGAGUGGGAAGGCCCCACCACGUGGGACACGGAUCGGGCACUGACGGCAAGGGCAAGAUCAGGCAAGCAAUCGACGCCAACCUGGAACAGAUCAAGUCCAGGGCGGGCAACAUCUACCUCGACAACGAGGUCGUAGCGCUCAAGAACCAUCAGGAAGUUGUUAAACCCCACGACGAUGACCACGAGGACGACGCCUACGGCGAGGAAGACGAUGACGAAUACGACGACGAUGAUGAUGAAGAUGAUGACGAUGAAGACGAGUACGAGGAUGAGUAUGAGAGACAUAUGUUGCGGUAGCGAGAAGGAGCACAAAACUAAUGACGCUCCAAAGUAAUACUCAAGAGAUAGCAGUUACAUUGAAUGCUGGGGGAGCGUGAAAUCACAGAUCCCGACAAUGAACAAGACUGAACCCCUUGAUAACAAGUUAUUAACAACCCCCCUUGAAAAAGGGACCAUCAGAUACGAGGAUGAUAACAUUUAAGUGCCGGUGUGAAUACAGGAAAGAUACACGAAGAAAGUGAACGAUAAUUAUGUGCAAUGCUCUCGUAUGACUGAACAGAAGGAAAUGGAAAAGACUAACUCAAAAAUUAAUAUCGAGGAAAAUAAACGAAAUAUCAUUAGAAUUAUUCCUGCUGCUAUAUCCAUAACGCCAGUCUCCGGAAAACCAACGUCAUCACCUAUCCAUAUUCUGAAACCGGUUCAAACUUUUUCAACGACUCUUAAAUAUUAUUUUCGUUUUGAAGUAAGUCUGACUCAUACACGAUUCGAUAUAUAUGCAAACUGAUGAGUGAGAUGAACACGAAAUCAAGUGUAGGUACGUAAUAUACCCCGAGUUUAGCUUUGUCUCUUACAGUAUAUUUUUUCUCCACUAUUGUCAUUUAAUGUUUAAACGUGUAAGUAUCUGGAUACGGUUCGUUUACCAGUGUCUUAAGCAAUGAAGAAUGCGACGUCGACAAAUAAGUACUCACACGCAACCGGUUAACAAAAGCCCCGAAGGGAAUUUGUACACUACUGGACCAAUAACUUCAUUCACUUCAAGGAAGUCAUUUCUCAUCAAAGAACUCUUAAGCAAUAACUAAUAGAGUGCCUGUGCCUAUGAGAGUAAGAAUGCUAAAAAUUAAAUUUAUGAAUGCACACGCACAAGCCACUUAGCUUGUCAAAAAAGUAUAUCUUUAGAACACAAUCAUGAACAACCCAUGUUGCUUUGCAUUUAAGAAGUAUAUCUUGACCGCGUGUAUGAAAAAGCCAUUUUACUCUAGAUUUAAAAAUAAGUUCGACAUUUUCAUUACAAGAUGCUACUGUUUGUAUCUGACUGUUAUAAAUACCAGUGAUUCUGUGCCAUUUUAAAAUAGUUAAGUAAAAAUAUUUAACGUUCACAUUUUUUAUUUAUUUAUCACGUUGUCAGUUACUUUGUAA